GGACGGUUAAAUUAAUUUAGGAUUAUUAGUGAUAAUAACUGAAAAAGAAAAGGAAAAGAAAAAAAGGAAGAAGAAUAAUCCCUCCUUAAAGCCGUUUUGUAUAUAAACUCGCGAACAUGCCCUAAUCCAAAACUUCUCUCUCCUCACUCUUUUUUCAAGAUCGUUCGAGUUAGUCUCCGAAUCACACAAGUCCGAACUGAAAGAUAAUUAUGUACGGUCAAGAAGGUGACGGAUCUGGUCAACCGCCUGUUGGUGGCGGCGGCUAUGGAGGUAACGGCGCUGGAGCUUAUGGAGGUGGAUAUGGCGGAGGCUACGGUGACUCUGGAGGAGGUGGAUACGGAGCUUCCGGAGGCAGCGGGGGAUACGGAGGUGCCGAUGGUGGUUACGGAGGUGGUGCCGGCGGCGGCGGUUACGGUGGCAGCGGCGGCCGAGGUGGAGGCGGAGCUUCUGGGGGCAGCGGGGGAUAUGGCGGUGGCGAUGGGGGUUAUGGCGGCGGAGGCGGCGGGGGUUAUGGAGGUGGUGGAGGUGGGGGCUAUGGUGGUAGCGGUGGCCGAGAUGGAAGUGGAGGCGGAGGCAGAGGAACUGGCGGUGAUGGCGGAGGUUACGGUAACAACUCUCGAGGGAGUGGAGGUGGAUAUCAAGGAGGCGAUCGCCGUGGUGGAUACCAAGGAGAUCGUGGUGGCCGUGGUGGAGGAGGUGGCCGUGGUGGAGGAAGUGGCAGGGAAGGAGAUUGGCGGUGCCCUAAUCCAAGUUGUGGGAAUUUAAACUUUGCUAGAAGAGAUAAGUGUAACAAAUGUGGUGCACUCCCUCCUUCUGGUACUGGCGACCGAGGUGAGAGAGGUGGUGGUAAUUAUAGUAGAGGGGACAAUGACGGGGGAUAUGGCAAUAGUCGAGGGGGAAGAAGUGGGGGCAAUAGGGGGGGUGGUUAUAGUCAAGGAAGAGAUGAUGGCGGUUAUGGUCAGGGUAAUCCUGUUGCUCCUUAUGGUGGUGGACCAGGAGGAAACUAUCCACCACCCCCUAGCACUUAUGGUGGGAACCCUAAUUAUGCAACUGAAGCCGUGCCUCCCCCUACAAGCUACACUGGUGGGCCUGCUUCGUAUCCAUCUUAUGGUGCUCCAACCAAUUAUCGUUCUGAUGCACAAUCUGCGGCACGUGGCGGUGGACGAGGUAACCAAGAUGGAGGCUAUGGAGGCGGUCCAAGAAACUCAGGAGGUGGAUAUGGCGGUCCAGCUGAAGAACCUGUUAAAGUCAAGCAGUGUGAUGAAAAUUGUGGGGAUACAUGUGACAACUCAAGGAUUUACAUUUCAAAUUUGCCUCCAGAUGUGACCAUUGAAGAACUAAGGGAACUGUUUGGAAGCAUUGGACAAGUUGCAAGGAUCAAACAAAAGAGAGGGUACAAGGACCAGUGGCCCUGGAGUAUAAAGCUAUACACUGAUGACCAAGGAAAUAACAAAGGAGAUGCAGUCUUGUCUUACGAAGAUCCUUCUGCGGCACAUUCGGCUGGGGGUUUUUUUAAUAGUAUACCACCCAUUCAAACUUAAAUUGUCUUUUUAACUCAUAAUUAACUUAUUAGAUAGCUGAUCGAGUAUCUUCAAUUUUCUUUUUAGAUCAUGAGCUUAGAGGUCACAAAAUCAGUGUCGCCAUGGCGGAGAAAUCUGCACCAAAAGCUGCCCCUUCAUAUGGAUCUGGUGGAGGUGGUAGAGGCGGUUAUGGAGGGGAUAGACGUAGAGACAACUACAGGGAUGGUGGAGGUCCAGAUAGAAAUUACCAUGGUGGAAACCGUUCACGACCAUACUAAAGCUCAUGCGAGCAUAUUUGUACUAAAAUUAUGAUGGGAGGGGUUUUUAUUGUAUUCCAUUUGCAGCUUUGUUCUCUAAUUGGAGAUAAAAAGGUAGGUUGUCCACUUGCUUCGAGCAAUACCUGUUUCCUCUAUGUUUUGUCUUCUAGUUGGUGAGUUUUCUCUUCUAUUUCAGAUUACGGAUUAAUUUGAACUGUGUGAAUGUUUUUAUAGAGCCAAGGGGAUAUUCUCCAAAUUGCUGCUAUGCUAGGUUGAAAAUUUUCAGGUGAGUGUUGCUUGUCACUAGUUGCGUACUUCUGUUACGUUGACCCUAGUGAAUGGUGCUUCUGAUUGGAUUUUUUUUAGGCCGUCCCUGUUUACAUUUGUUGUAGUUCUUUCUCUUUACCACGUUGAUGGUAUUCCCUAGUGCCACUGUUUUGGGAUUAGCUAGUAUUUGAUGUCGCAGACAUUUUUAGGGCUUUUUUUUUAUAGCAUAUGAUUAGCAUAGCCUCAAUUGGAUAGGAUUCUAACUCUAAAAUGUAGUUUUACUUUUGAUAAUGGAAAUUUCCCAAAUUUUACCUUCAACGCUUGGUUCACCCAAAACUGAGCUAGAUAUGCAGAACUAUAAUUCCUUCAAAGAUUUGUCAUGGUUCUCAAAUGCCGAAUACCAAUAAUAGAGGUGGACAAGACCUAUUUCUCUUUUCUUAUGGGAUUUUACGAAAAUGGAUGCCAAGAUCUUUAACUUGUGGUUUCCUGUUUAAAUCUUUAUAAUUUCUUAUUAGUUGGGGAAUUAUUUUAUGUAAUUGGUUUAUGGUAUCGUAAUGGUUUGAUAAAAACUGAUUACGCGCCCAUGGAACUGCAACUUGAAGACUCUGGCCAUUAGAGGAUGCUUUUCUGGAUCUUGUGAACCUCUAGGGACCCUCAAACUGCCUGAGAAAUGUUUUCCUACAUAAAAUGAGUCUGAAAGCUGCUCUUCGCUGCCAUUUCCCUGCAGCUUGUAGGUAGAGAGUCGUUUUGGAAUUUCUUCACCUGAUUGCUUCUGUCUGCUCUAGAACAGAUUGUCUUUAAUUUUUUGGGUUUUUAUUUUAUUUUAUUUUUUAUUUUUUUCCCGCCCUAGUUUCCGUUAAGCUUUUGUAUGUAGUUGAACCGAUCUCUGUAUUGGAUAGGAAAUGAGAUCCAAUUUAUUUACCGUUCCAUUGUUGUGCUCCCAAUGUCCUAACUCUGAUUUAUCGGCAAUGUCCAAUGAAUGAGAGUGAUAAUCACAAAUAGCUAAUGAAUGCCACAAUGACUCUGUGAUUGAUAUGUCAACAAAACGUAGAUUGCACAAAAUUAAUCAUCUAAGUUCUGCCCAAAUGAAUCAUCUAAGAUUUGCCCGUUAUUAAUUUUCACGCGACUCCACUGUUUAUUCUAGAAAGAGAAGUGUAGAUACCACUAUUUAAAAAAAAAGAUUAGUAUGUAGAAAUUCUACACUAUAAUUUGGCACAGAAUUUCUUAUGUAUAAUCACUCCUAUGCAAAAUCAGGAUAAUAGUAAUAGUAAAAGUUUUAUUGUUAUUGCUUUUAUUAUUACUCAUUAUUUGGUGGGGAUAGGAAAUGGUUCUAAGCUCAUUUAUUAGUCCUUCCUUUGUUGUCUAGUUUGAAUUUUCAUUUUUAGUUCAAAUUAUUUUAAAAGUAAAAUCUCAAAUU